AUGGCCAACCGCAUGCAAUCCGAAACCUCCAAUCCCGAGAACGAUGCAAAUGACGCCCCAGAGCUGAAAGACCCCGUCCAAGCCAACUCCUCCGACAUCGACGAAAGAAUGACCCGAGAUUAUAAGGAGGCCAUUGAUAAGACAGACGUCAUCACCGAAGAAAGCAUUCGUCGUAUAGUACCCGAGUCCUCAAAGGCCUACCGCGAACCGUCUGAAGAGGAAAUUGAUAUUUCUUGGCGGCCUGAUCCAUCUGGACAUCCGCGGAGGACUUUCUAG